UACAUACGUAGACUUGUCAUAAAUCGAUCUGCUCGCUCGCAUACCGCGUUUACGUUUUAGCAAAAAUCUAAUACUAGAAUGUUUGAAAACCUUGGUCACUAUUGUCGAGCGAUGCUAUCCUCGUUUACUCCUGACUUAUUGAAAAUAUUUAUGAAUAUUUUAUACUUACUGUUUUACAGUACUUCAUUUAUUAUAUUUGCAAGAAUUCACAACGCGUUUAAACUACCGCCAGGGCCAUGGGGGCUACCAUUUUUAGGAAGUUUGCCAUGGAUGGGGCGCGGUGCCCCUCACUCCUGGCUCCUGCAGCAAGCGGCUCGCUACGGCGACCUCACUUCAGUGCAACUUGGCUCCAACCUGAUGGUCUGCAUCGGAUCUUCCCGAAUUCUGAGAGACCUCUUCAACCGACCUGAUUCGAUUAGCCGACCGCAUACGCCUCUCAAUAACUUGUUGUGUGGACGAGGAAUCGUUCUCAGCGAAGGUCUGCUCUGGAGGAAGCAGCGUCAGUUUCUGCACGAGAAAUUUCGCGCUCUUGGUGCCAGCGGCGUUGGUAUCAACCAGAGAUUUGAACAUUGCGUCCUCGUGGAAAUAGAAGAACUUCUAGCAAAGUUUGAAAGCACGAGGGAGCAGCCGAUAGACCCGACGAGUAUCCUGGGCAGGCACGUCCACAACGCCAUAUGCCAGCUGAUGAUGAGCUUCCGUUUUGAAGAACAAGACCCUGAAUUCAAGACCUUUAAUGAGCGAGUCACAAAAGGCAUGGAGCUGUACGGAGCCAUACAUAUCGGGGAGCAUGUACCGGCCUACUUGGACCUACCAGGCAAAAAGUCAGUGUUAAAGGAAAUUCGGCGAAAUCUGCGAGAUGUGAGCGAGUUUCACGUGCGAAAAGUGGCCGAACGCCGGCGACAUCUCUUGGAUAUCGACAUGGAUCACCACGAGCCAACUGAUCUGCUGGACUAUUACUUGCUCGAGUUACGAAAUAAUUCUGUUGGUUCUAAACUAUUUGACGGAGUUGAUCCAGAUGAACAGAUAGUCCAAGUAUUCAACGAUCUAUUCUCCGCUGGCAUGGAAACCGUCCGGACGAGCCUGCUGUGGGCCUUGUUAAUGAUGCUCCGAAACCCGUCGGCAGAGACCGCGGUGCGCGCCGCGCUCGCCCAAGCACUCGACCCAGGGGAACUGGUCACAUUGGACCACCGGGCGAGGCUGUACUAUAUUGAAGCUGUCUUGUAUGAAACUCUGAGGAUCGUGUCUGUGGUGCCGUUGGGAACGACGCAUGUUAAUUCUUCUGCUUGGAAAAUUAAUGGCUAUAAAAUUCCGGCCGGCACCCACCUAGUCCCACUACUGAACAAGAUCAACAUGGACCCCGAAUUCUUUCCCGACCCCAACAACUUUACUCCAGAGAGGUUCAUAAAAGAUGGUAAGGUGGAACUCCCAGACACCUUUAUACCAUUCGGCGUCGGUCGCCGCGUGUGCCUAGGAGAGCAAGUGGCUAAGACAGAACUCUUUUUAUUCUUUGCAAACAUUAUGAAUAGUUAUACAUUUUAUUUACCAGAAGGUGAACUUAUGCCAGAAUUGGAAGGCGUUAUGGGCAUUACUCAUGCUCCUUUGCCUUAUAAAUUAUGCUUUAGAAAAAUAGAAUAGUUUAUUUUUGAUUCGUUUCUUCCUUGAGAAUUGAUUCAACAUUUAGCGCCACUUGCACUGUCCCACUAACCCGGGCUUAAGCGGUUAAACCGUUAACCCAGUGUCAAAUUGUACUGAUAACCAUGGUAACUCCAGGUUUAACCGGUUAACCCCGGGAUAGUGAAUGGUGCAAGUGGCCCUUAGUAUAGGUAAUAGUGACUCUUGUUGGUAUGAAAUUGACAUUAUUAUUUUCUAUCGUAAAGUUCGUGAUCUAGAACUAUCUAAAAAGAAUGUUGUGUUGUGUGGACUUGGUUAUAUCACUUAACAUGAUCCAUCUCUAUGUAUGUUAUCCCAUUGUUACGGAUCCAAAUAACGAUGUUAUGUAGAGUUUGUGUGAGUUGCGGACUACUUGGCGACUAUUAGAAAUUCCGGCUAUAAAUAAAAUAUAGCCGGUCAAACAAGUUUAUCAGUAGAAAAAACGCGACAUUCAAAUUUUCUAUGGGACGAUAACCGUUUGCGCCUACAUUUUUUGCUCUCUUUUCUACUGACAGAAGUUGCUUGACGUAGUAUAGGUAACUUAUUUAACAUAAAAAGCAAGAAGCCUUUUAUGUAUUUUUAAUUAACUGACAGUUUUAAUGUGUUGUGUUGUGUUAAUGAAUACUUAACGGGAAUGUUUCUCAUAAAAUCGAGAACACUGACGUACAAUUUACUUUAGUUAAAAACAUUUAGAUUACAAUAGAUUAGACAUACCAAUUAUAAACUAAAAUAAACCUAAGAAUGAGUAAAACUAACUUAACAAAUAAAAUAUUACCCACCACUCUCAUUGUCUCCCGGAUCAAAUACCAAAAAUACUGGCGGCAUUACCCCGCUGAAUGGCCAGUGAUAUAUGUUGGACAAGGAAAGUCUGUAACAAUAAAAAAAAUACUUUAAAUAUGAGCAGAAAAAAGUAUAUUUGAUUAACUUGAUGUUUUUCUCCACACAUUUAUUAUUAACAUCACACUAAGAACUAACAUUUUAAAUACGAUGCUGGUUUUAAUUUGAGAUCAUGUGUUGAACUUGUUAACGUUAUGAUUAUGAUCGAGACAUAUUUUGUUUCAAAGAUCACGGGCAUAAGGCAUGAUUUACUGAUAAUAAUGUUUUUGUCUUUAUUAUUUUGCUUAUAAUUAAGUUUAGUUUUUAAUUAGUUUUAUGUUUAGAUUAUGUAGUGUAUUUUUAACUGUUUGCCUAAUAAAUUAUACAACACGUAAUGUUGUAUUUUGUCUGUAUUAAUUAAAUAAGUAUUAAAAUGUAUUCAAUUGUAGUCAAUACUGUUUUUUGGCAUUAUAAUCUUAAGUCAAUUGGUAUUUAUUAUAUACCAAAUUACCUAAAUCUAUUAUUUAUAAAAAAAAAUGUAAAUUUAUUUAGUUGACAUUUAGUUUACAUUAUUACGUUUAGUACUAGACCUAAUUAUUAUUGUGAUAUGUCGUUUUUAUUAAUAUAGACCCUACAGAAGUGCUUAUAACUACAUAAGUGUAAUAACGUAAGUGCUAUAAUGUCAACUUAUGUGUAAAGUUAAAAAAAUAAAUAAUAAUAAUAUGAACUCUUAAUUGUAGAGCCUAAUUCAAACAAAAUUAACAUUGGAAAUUUAUAGCUGUUAACAUUACACGAAAGUGUUGACCCUAGCUCUCAUUAUUAUGAAUAUUAUGAUUAAAGAAUAGUAAUUUUAUUAA